AAUCCUCAGUUCAUUUCAGAAUUUAUAUAAAAAGGAAAGAAAUUAAAAAGUUCGUGGAUUCUUCAUCAAAUAUCAUGGAGUAGGGUAUACAGGUUCAGGUUAUUCCAGGAGAAUGGAAAGAAACUAAUUUCCUUCAUUAUAAAAGAAGAAGAAAAACAAAAGCCUUGCUGGAAACUUUAGCUAAAGGAUGCUGGCAGAACUAAACCUGAGAAGAGAAGUUUCAACCAACUUUGUCCAAGUUUUCAUAAUCUUCAUUCUCAUAUUGCCCUUCAACAUGAGUAAUAGUAGUGAAUAUUUGGGCUCUGGAGUUGAGUCUGGUGGAACCAGGAGAAAUAAGAUAAAGGAUCCAGGAUCUAGGAUACCUCCAACCUUCAAGUCAGGACCUAGGGUUUACAAGGAGGAGCUUGGGACAACAGCUUUACUUCUCUGUAAAGUUAAUAAUCUUGGAGACUCCAUCAUUGUGUGGAAACAGCCGGACCGAAUAAUCAGUGCUGGAAUGGGGAUGAUUAGAAAAGAUAAGAGAAUGGCUCUAAUAGGUGGAGUGGAUGGCAUAAACCUUGAGAUAAAACAUCUGAACAGGGAUGAUGCUGGCAACUAUAUUUGUGAAGUAGAAAACUCGGGGGAACCUGUUCUACAAACAAACACUCUUCAAGUUCUAGUUCCUCCGAAGAUUACAACGCAGUCUCGAAGCAACCUGACCGUGAGGAAGGAAUCUAGUUUGAUGUUGUCCUGUAAUGCCUCUGGGUUUCCUGAACCUCGAAUAACCUGGCAGAGACAGCAUCAGAUGCUGCCUAGCGGAGAGAAAAUACUCAAUAAUACCUUCCUCAAGUUUGAACAUGUACAACGGUCUGACAGCGGUACAUAUAUAUGUACUGCAAAUAAUGGAGUUGGACCUCCUGUACAAGAAACAAUAUCUGUAAAUGUUAUUUACUCUCCAGAGAUAGAUGUUGAUAAACGUUGGGUUCAUGGCGGGGUUGGUUACGAAGCUGUUAUAUCUUGUUUGGUUUACGGAGAUCCAGAACCACAGGUUCUCUGGUACAGGAACACUAUGCUACUGGACAGGAACGAGAAGAGGUUAAUGGAACAGUAUGGACAGAGACACCGUCUGGUUAUCACAGAUAUGGGACUAGAGGAUUUUGGAAACUAUUCUUGUUCUGCCGAAAAUGAACUAGGAAAAUCAAGAGGAUUUAUUCAACUAUCAGGUGAACCCAACAUGGCGGUUGUACUGAGCAGUUCCCACGGGAUGUUCAGCGACAAGUUUAAUCUAACUUGGAGCGUGGAGAGCUUUGCUCCCAUUCUAGGAAACAGAAUCAUGUACAGGAAGUUUAUGUCUAGUGAGGAUCCUAACUAUGAUACCCGGAGUAGAUGGCAUACAGUCCUACCACAUAAUGACAAUUCUUUCAUAGACAAUAAUUUCAGGCACGAGUUCAGUUAUCUAUACUUUGCGCUGGAACCAAAUACAAAAUAUGAAACCUUAAUACAGGCAAGGAAUGAGCACGGUUGGGGGAAAUAUUCGGAGAUGUUUCUUUUUUCCACGAGGGCAGCAGACGAUGUUCCGAAGGAACUUCCUGUGGAGUCCAUUGAUUUGGGAUCAGUUUCAGAUAACAACUGGAGUACAAUUGGAGAAAUGGGACUAAAAUCCUCGUCAUCAUUCAUCCAAACCCACUCUCUCAUCCAACUCAUUAGUUACAUCUGUUCAUCCCUUCUCAUUCUCAGCUCAGUAACAAUUCUCAUCUAAAUAUAUAUUCAAGAAGUUUAUAAUUGUUAAUCGUCAGAUUCUUCUGUGUCAAUAAAACGUAUUCUUUUA